AUGGCGGACAUGGGUUUGCAAAUUUUCCCCUCCAAUUCGUCUUCAUCAUCUAAAUUGGCAUUGGAUUUUUGGGCAGUGGCUGGGUUGGUAGGUUUUGGGAGAUGGUUGGGUGGUUCUUUGGGCGGCGACGAGAGAGUGGUGGCUGAGAAGAGGGAGAGAGGGUUGGCUGGGUUGGAGAAGAGAGAUGAGAUUUUUUUUUUAUCUUUUCAAUAA